AUGCCGGCAAAAGUUACAGGUCUUGAUCAGAAAGUUCUUUUUGAACAACGACUGCUAUUCGGAAAUGAAUUACUGAUAACGGACAUCUGGGUGGAGGUUAAUUCUUUCAUGAGCACCGCUUUAAUGAUAUUUUUUCGGAAAUUCGAUUUGCUCACAGCUUUUAUUGCCCAAAAAUGGUUCUAUCUUGUUGCGGCAACAUUUAAGUGUAAAGGUACACUUACACCUGAGUGA